GUAUGGUCCUUUUUGGGUUUGGUGCUUACGGUGACUUUUUAAUGUACAUACAUAAUUAUUUUUCCAAGAGGGACUUUGUUUUCCAUGACCAUCACCAUGCGCCAGGAGUGUGUGUAAGCAUGGACUGUUUUUCUGAGUUGAAGACAUUUACCUGUCGCCUACUGGGAAUCCUGGCUCUGAGAGACUGAGAGAAAUCUGACACUGGCAGGUAGUAUGGCGGACACAAUACCUGGAGGAAUAGUCGCUGCUGCAAAGAACCGUCUCCAGGUAAUGAAAGGUUUGGAGGACGUGGAAGUGUCAGAGUGCGAGAGCUGCUCCUUUGACGUGACCCUCAACUUGGCCUACAUCGAGGGGGUGUGGACCAGGGAUGGCAUGCAGCUCAAGUCCAAGCCCAACUGUCGCAUCAGUGCACAUGGGAAAACGCACUCCCUCGUAUUGAAUAGGGUGGCUCUGGGAGACGUGGGUUUGAUCUCUUUCCAGGCCAACGGUAUCCAGACAUCUGGCCGACUCACUGUUAGAGCUAGGGACAUCCACAUCGUAAAGGAGCUAGAGGAUGUUGAUACGAUGGAACGCCAGUCCGUCAGCUUUUCGUGUGAGGUGAACCAGGUGGACGUGGAUGGUCGGUGGUACAGGGAUGACUGCAGGAUCCGACACAGGGACAACAUUAAGAUCAGACAUCAGGGUAAAACCCACACCUUGUCUUUUAAGUCAGUCAGGCCAGAGCAUGCUGGUGAGAUCAGAUUCACAGCCGAGCGUGUCUCGUCUUAUGCAACGCUUACCGUAAAAGAGCUCCCAGUGCAAAUAUUGCGCCCCCUGAGGGUUAAGAUAGCCAUGUAUCGCCACCGAGGCUUGCUGGAGUGCCAGGUUUCUCGGGCCAACGCUCAAGUCAAAUGGUACAAGAACCGGAAGGAGAUCUUGUCCUGCAAGAAGUACCAACUUAUAAGCCAAGACGUCUUCAGGCAGCUCACCAUUGACGACGUCUGCUCCUCGGAUGAAGACACCUACACGUGUGACACAGGCGAUGACAAAACUUCUUGCCAGCUUCUAGUUGAGGAACGGGCUAUCAGUAUAGUUCGAGGGAUGACCUCAGUGGAAGUCAUGGAACCAGAGCCUGCGCUCUUCCAAGUAGAGACCAGCCUGAAGUCAGGGAGGCCGCCCAGAUGGACCCUGAAUGGUACUGUGUUGGAGCCCAGUGAAGCGGUGGAUAUCUACAGGGAGGGAACCCUGCACAGCCUGUGCCUCACCUCAACAGAGACCUGCAUGUCAGGGCCGGUGGUUUUCAUUGCUGGCAAGAGUCGUUCCUCUGCUCAGCUUACUGUGAAAGAGAGACCCCUCCAAGUUGUGCGCGAUUUGGAUGACGUGGAAGCCAAAGAGAACAGCUCUGUGACUCUGCGCUGUGAGUUUGAGCCCUCGCCCAGGGUGGUGCGGUGGUUUAAAGGUCGUACGGCUUUGAAGACUUCAAACAAAUACAGCAUGAGGCGAGAAGGGAAACGUGCAGAGUUGACCAUCCAUGGAUUGGUUGGAAUGGAUGCAGGGCAGUAUCGCUGCAUGGCGGGCGGUUCACAGAGUGCAGCGCAUCUUAAAGUCGAAGUGCGAAAGCUUAAGUUAGUGAGACACCUCGAACCGGUGGAAAUCGAAGAGGACGGCAUCGCCACCUUCGCAUGUGAGCUCAACUAUGUGGUUGCCCAUGCAGAGUGGCUGCUCAACAACGUCCGCAUCUAUUCCAACGCCAUUAACAGAAUCCAGCACAUGGGCACCAUGUAUAGCCUCACCAUGAAGAAACUGAGGCCCCAGCAGAGUAGGCUUACCUUUAAAGCUGGUCUUCUUUCUGAGACAACUACUUUAAAAGUCAAAGAGCGCCCUGCAGUCUUCCUAAGACCUCUGGAGGAUGCAGUUGGAGAAGAGCAAGGGGAGGUCUGCCUUCAGUGUGAAAUUUCCAAAGAGUCUGUAAUCCCAGUCUGGAGCAAGGAUGGCAUCGUGCUGACGGCUGAUGAGAAGCAUGAGAUGUGCCAGUUUGGACGGGCCAUGGCGCUGAUUGUUCAUUGCUUGAGCAAAGAUGACGCCGGACAUUACACCUGUGAUCUGGGCACCAGCCAGACCAAAGCUAAAGUUUCUGUGCAUGACUUGCAUAUCACUUUUGCCCAGCGCUUGAAGACUGCGUCCGUGCUAGAAGGUGAAAACUACACUUUUGAGUGUCACCUUUCUCACAAUCUCAGUGAUGAGCCCUCCUGGACCAUCAAUGGUCAGGUGGUCAUCUCCAACACUCGUUUCCAGGUUUCAAACAAUGGUCGCAAGUACAGGUUGAGCAUUAAAGACGCGGUUCUAACCGAUGCUGGUGAUGUGGUCUUUACAAUUAAAGACCUAAGCUGUAGAACUAUGCUCUUUGUCAAAGAGAGGCCAGUGCACAUUUUUAGGGAUCUCCUUAACGUCAAGACUGUGCCAGGUGAGGAUGCAGAGCUGAGCUGUGAGAUCACCAAACCUGAGGUCACCAUCCAUUGGCUGAAAAACGGUCAUUUAAUAAGGCAGGGUCCCAAAUAUAAGAUGAAUGUGGAGAAGAACCUGGCAAGGCUGAUCAUCAAGAACACCACAAUCAGGGAUUCAGGAGAAUACUCCUGUCAGGCUGAUGGGGUUUCAUCCCGUGCAAAGCUCGAGGUCAGAGAACUGCAACACACAUUUGCACGGGAGUUAAAGGACGCCCAAGCAGAGGAAAAGGGCAAAGUGACCCUGGAGUGUGAGACCAGACUGCCAGCCAAGCGAGUGACUUGGCUGAAGGGUAUGAUGGAGCUGAGGUCUGGUAGGAAGUAUGUCAUGAGGCAGAAAGGUGUGGUGCUGUCACUCACCAUUUCAUAUCUGGAGAAGUUGGACACGGAUAUCUACACGUGUGAUGUCGGGACCAUGCAGAGCCGCGCACAGCUGACAGUGCAGGGCCAGAAAGUAGUCAUCCUGGAUGAACUGGAGGACGUUGAGUGUCUUGAAGGCGACACAGUCACGUUCAGGUGUCAAAUCUGUCCCAGUGACUACGCGGGUGUUAAGUGGUACCUGGACGAGACUCUGCUGUACAACAACGAGCUGAAUGAGAUCCAAAUGUUGUCGGGUGGCUACCACACGCUCACAUUUCGACAACUGUCACGCAAAGACACCGGCACCAUCUCGUUUGCAGCCAGCGACAAACGAUCCUACGCUUCACUGUUGGUGAGAGAGAGACGUCCAACCAUUUGUAAAGCUCUGGAGGACUGCGAGGCUAUCGAAGGAGGUGGCCUUGUUUUGUCCUGCGUGACAUCAAAGCCAUGUCACAUCCUGUGGUACAAAGAUGGCUGCCUGAUGUGGAACUCAUCCAGGUACUUCACAAGUCGUUCAGGUUGUGAGGCUCGGCUGACUAUUCGGGAGGUUUCCCAAAGUGAUGGCGGGGUAUACGAGUGCAGUGCUGGAUCUGUCACAACCAGGGCUGUCGUCACCGUCAAAGCCAUCCCAGCUGAGUUCACGCAGCCUCUACAGAGCGUAGAGGCCCGAGAAGGUGACACCGCUACCCUGACUUGUGAGUACUCUCUGCCGGACGUCCAAUUCCACUGGAGAAAAGGUGUGGAGAACCUCAGGUCUGGAGUUAAGUAUGCAAUGAAACAGAGAAAGACCAUCAAUUCGCUCAUAAUCCGAGCUCUCCAGCCAGAUGACUCAGGGGAGUACACCUGUCAGUGCAGAGGUCACCACACCACAGCGAGCCUCAAAGUACACGCCAUUCCGGUUACGUUCAUACAACAUCUGAAGAACAUGCAAGUAGAGGAAGGCAGCAAUGUGGUCCUGCGUUGUGAACUCUCCAAACCCGGAGUGCCGAUAGAAUGGAGAAGGGGACAAGAAGCGUUGAAGAAUGGAGUGAAGUACCAGAUGAGGAGAUGGGAGACAACGCUUGAGCUUUUGAUAUGGAAGGCUGUGCCCGAGGACAGCGGCCUUUACAAGUGUUUGUCUGCAGAUCAGAUCACGUCCGCCACUGUCCAAAUCACCGCUCUACCGCUCAACUUCAAGCAGAAGCUACGCAAUGUGACCAUCGAGGAGGGCAGCACUGCAACUUUACGCUGUGAGCUCUCCAAAGCGUCUCUCUUUGUGGAAUGGAGGAGGGGGGAGGAGCUCAUUAGGAACGGAGAGAAAUAUCACAUUCGGCAGAGAGACACGCUGAUUGAACUGAGGAUCCUGGACGUAACGGAAGAGGACAGCGACAGCUACACGUGUAUUUGUGGGAACAUCGAGACUACGGCGACCGUCACUGUGAACGCUCUCCCCAUCACCUUCAAGCAAAAACUGAAGAACCUUCAAGUGGAGGAAGGACACAACGUCACGCUGUCUUGUGAGCUCUCCAAACCUGGCGUCGCUGCGGACUGGAGGCUGGCUGGUGAGCUGCUGGAGAAUGGAGACAAGUACCAGAUGAAGCAGAGGGGCUCGGUGCUGGAGCUGACCAUCAGAGACGCGCUACCAGAGGACAGUGGCGUCUACGUCUGUGUCUGUAGAGACCAGAAGACGAAGGCAACAGUUAAAGUUAUUGCUGUUCCCGCAACAUUCAAAGUGACCUUGAAAAACCAGGAGCCAGAAGAAGGCAAAAGCGUGACGCUGUGCUGCCAACUGUCAAAAAAAGACACCCCGGUACAAUGGCAGAAAGACGGACAGGCGCUAUCUGAGGUGUCGUCCAGCAAAUAUCACAUCAAGCAGGAGGGGAAGACGGCUGAGAUGACCAUUGUCAACGUUCAAGUGGAAGACGCAGGGAAGUACAGUUGCAUCACAGGAGAUGAAAAAACCACCGCUGAGCUCAAAGUGAAAUCACUUCCUGUCACGUUCAAACGAGAACUCCGCAAUGUGGAGGUAAAGGAAGGUGACAGUGGCGUUUUAUGCUGUGAGCUCUCCAAACCCGGAGCUCCCGUGGAGUGGAGGAGAGGUCGAGUGCUUCUGAGCAAUGGAGGCAAAUACGAGAUGAGGCAGGAGGGCCCUUACACCAAGAUGAUUGUCAAUAACGUGGAGGAGAACGAUGCCGGGAAAUACAUCUGCAAGACGAAGGACAGCCAAUCGACUGCAGAGCUCACAGUCCAAGGCCUGCCGCCACGUUUCACGCUGCUGCUGGCAAACCAGGAGGUAACGGAAGGCACCAGCGUGUUUUUUCGUUGUGCGCUGAACAAACCUGUCCAGUCAGUGGAAUGGCAGAGAGAAGGGUCGGUACUCAGGCAUGGAGACAAGUACCAGAUGAGAAAGAGGGAUUUGCAGCUGGAGAUGACCAUCGGAGAGGCCACCCUGGAAGACGCCGGUGAUUACACCUGCACAUGUGGUGAAGAGAGCACGACGGCGCGGGUCGCUGUGAAUGAACGACCUGUCAGAUUCCUGCAAAGACUGAGUAACGUUGAAGUGCAGGAGGGAAAUGUUGUUGUCCUGUGCUGCGAGCUUUCCAAAGCAGGGCUCACGGCUCAGUGGAUGAAAGGAGACAAAGUGCUAACCAGCGGCGAGAAGUACCAGCUGAAACAAAGAGGCUCCAUCAUGGAGCUGGUCAUCAGAAAGAGUCAGCCUGAAGACAGCGGCCUUUACUGCUGUGUUUGUGAAGACAUUAAAAGCACUGCUACCAUUAUCAUCACCGCGAUUCCAGUGACAUUCAAGCAAAAGCUGAAGAACCAGGAAGUUGUAGAGCAGAGCACUGUGACGCUCCACUGCGAGCUGUCCAAAGCGGGAGUCCCCGUGGAGUGGUGGAAAGAUGCUCAACUUCUGAAGGAGGGAGGAAGAUAUCAGCUGAAGCAGGAGGGCAGGGUGUGCAUGGCGCUGAUCAGAGAUGUAACGCUCCAGGAUGCUGGCGAAUACGGCUGCUCUGUUGGUACAGCCGUCACUUCGGCGGAUAUCAAAGUAAGAGCGCUUCCUGUCACAUUUAUCCAAGAAGUUCAGAAUUUGGAGCUAAGAGAAGGUGACAGCGGAGUAUUCUGGUGUGAGCUGUCCAAGCCUGGAGCGCCGGUGGACUGGAGGAAAGGAAGAGUGAUCCUGAAGCCUGGGUAUAAAUAUGAAAUGAAGCAGGAGGGAAAUCUCACCCAGCUUUUCAUCAACAACGUGGAAGAGAGUGAUGCUGGCAGAUACACCUGCAAGACCAAAGACAGCCAAUCUACUGCUGAGCUGGUGGUGAAAGCGCCUCCCAUCACAUUUAAAACCAAGUUGAAGAACCAGAAAGUGGAGGAGGAGAGCAGUGUGACGCUGGCAUGUGAACUGUCCAAGCCUGGCCUUGCUGUGGAGUGGAGGAAAGGACAAGAGCUGCUGAAGAAUGAUUUCAAGUAUCAGAUCAAAAACCGAAACAGCAUGUUGGAGCUGAUGAUCAAGAACAUGCAACUGGAGGACAGCGGGGUCUACAGCUGCAUCUACGGCGACGUAAAGACCUUAGCAAACAUCACUGUUACACCGAUCCCCCUCAAAUUCAAGCUGGGUCUGAAGAACCAGGAGGCUGCUGAGGGAGGCAACGUCACCCUGCGAUGCGAGCUCUCCAAGACAGGGGGUCCUGUGCAGUGGUGGAAGGGGGAGGACCAGCUCCAUCAAGGAGGGAGGUAUCACAUGACUCUGAAGGAGAACAUAGCUGAGAUGAGCAUCAGAAACAUCCAGCCUGAGGACGUCGGGGAGUACAGUUGCGUCUUCGGCGAGCAGAAGACGACAGCUGAAGUCAACGUGCGAGCGGCAGCAUCCGUGUUCUUUGAGAAGGAGCUGGACAGCCAAGCGGUGAUGGAGGGAAAAUCGGUUCUUCUGUCGUGCGAAGUUUCUAGCGCUAACGUCCCGGUCACAUGGAAGAAAGACAACGCUGCGAUUGAAGCAGGGGGACGAGUGAGUUUAACAAAAAAAGGAGCCACGCACACGCUGGAGAUCAAGCAGCUGCGUCUGGAAGAUGCUGGCGAAUACUGUUGCAUCACCAGGGGCAAGAAGACCACUGCCAAGUUGGUUGUAAGAGAGAGAGUGCGAAUUGUAACAGAGCUUAAAGACGUUACGGUGACAGCCGGUGAGGACGCCACGUUUGCAUGUGAGCUCAGCCAUGCCAAUGUGAGCGAGGGUACGUGGUGGCUCGACUCCAGCCCGCUGCAGAGGAAUGAGAUGAACCAGAUGACAUACCAGGGUCGCCAACACCGACUGGUACUCACCAUGACAACACCCGAGGAGACAGGCACUGUGGCGUUUGUGGUCGGGGAGGAAAGGACAUCUGCAAGUCUUCUGGUGGUACCAAAGCCCAAAGUUUUAUUUGAAGAGAUGCCUAAAGAUGUGACAAUCAUAGAGGGAGAGACAGCCAUGUUGUCCUGCACAAUCUCUGACGUCACUGCCGCCGUUACCUGGAGGUGCAACCACAUUCCUCUCAGGAACUGUGAAAAAUUUGAGAUACGUCAGGAGGGAAAAGUCAACCGACUGCUCAUCCACAAUGUGGACCCCCUGGAUGUUGGAGUAUACUGCUGUGAUACGGGAGACGUGCAGGCCACUGCCAAGCUGACUGUGACAGAGCGCCCUCCGUUUUUCCAAGAAGAGCUGCAGAGUGUUGAGACUGAGGAGGGAAGCUCAGUCGUCCUGUACUGCGAGCUGUCCAAGCUUGGUGUGCCGGUGCAGUGGAAGAAGAACUGGCUGCCGCUGAGGGCUGGCAGGAAGUACGAGAUGAAACAGGAUGGCUGCCUCCUCCAACUUCAGAUCAAGGAGCUCAAACUCGAGGACAGUGGCAGCUAUACAUGCCAAGCAGGAAACGCAGAGACAACUGCGGCUGUUACAGUCAAAGAGCCACCUCCAUUCUUCAAGAAAGAUUUGCGGAGUGUGGAGAUGGAUGAGGGAGGUUCAGUCUCUCUGAGCUGUGAGCUGUCCAAAGCUGGCGCACAAGUGCAGUGGAAGAAGAACAGACUGCCUCUGAGGGCCAACAGGAAGUAUGAGAUGAAACAAGAUGGCUGCCUCCUCCAGCUCAACAUUAAGGAACUGAAACCUGAAGACAGUGGAAGCUACACAUGUCAAGCAGGAAGUGCGGAGACCGCUGCAACUUUAAGAGUCAAAGAACUACCAGCAUUUUUCAACAAAAACCUCCAGAAUGUAAAGGCAGAGGAGGGUGGUUCCGCCUACCUGUGCUGUGAGGUAUCCAAGCCAGAAACCACAGUGCAGUGGAAGAAAGACAAGUUGCCAUUAAGAGUCGGGAACAAGUAUGAGAUGAAGCAGGAUGGACGCCUCCUGCAGCUUCACAUCAAGGAGCUCAAACCUGAGGACAGCGGUAGCUACUCAUGUCAAGCAGGAAGUGCAGAGACGAGUGCCACUUUGUCAGUAAAAGAACUCCCACCAUUCUUUGUUGCAAACUUGGAAAAUACCGAGGUGGAGGAGGAAGGUUCAGCCUGUCUAACCUGUGAGCUGUCUAAACCUGGAGCGCCAGUGCAAUGGAAGAAGAAUAGACUGCCUCUGAGGCCCGACAGGAAGUAUGAGAUGAAACAAGAUGGCUGCCGUCUCCAGCUCAACAUUUAUGAGCUAAAACCUGAGGACGGUGGCAUCUACACAUGUCAAGCAGGAAGUGCCGAGACAAUUGCAACUGUGUCCGUAAGAGAGCUUCCAGUGUCAUUCAAAGCUGACUUAGAAAAUACAGAGCUGGAGGAGGGAGACACAGCUGUCCUAAGGUGUGAACUGUCUAAACCUGGAGUGUCGGUGCAAUGGAAGAAGAACGGGCUUCCUCUGAGGGCCAACAGGAAAUACGACAUGAAACAAGAUGGCUGCCUCCUUCAAAUCAACAUUAUGGACGUUAAACCUGAAGACAGUGGAAGCUAUACUUGCCAAGCAGGAAGUGCAGAGACUUCUGCAACUGUAGCCGUGAGAGAGCUCCCAUUAUUCUUCAAAGUGAAACUCCACAGUGUGGAGAUGCAGGAGGGAGGUUUAGUCUCUCUGUCAUGUGAACUGUCUAAACCUGGAGUGUCAGUGCAAUGGAAGAAGAACGGGCUGCCUCUGAGGGCCAACAGGAAGCACGAGAUGAAACAAGAUGGCUGCCGUCUCCAGCUCAACAUUAAGGACCUCAAACCUGAAGAUGGUGGAAGCUACACAUGUCAAGCAGGACGUGCAGAAACCACAGCCACUUUGUCAGUGAAAGAGCUGCCGCCAUUGUUUGUGACAGACUUACAAAGUGUAGAGAUGGAGGACGGAGGUUCAGUCUCUCUGUCAUGUGAACUGUCUAAACCUGGAGUGUCAGUUCAAUGGAAGAAGAACGGGCUGCCUCUGAGGGCCAACAGGAAGUAUGAGAUGAAACAAGAUGGCUGCAUCCUCCAGCUCAACAUUAAGGACCUCAAACCUGAAGACGGUGGAAGCUACACGUGUCAAGCAGGACGUGCAGAAACCACAGCCACUUUGUCAGUGAAAGAGCUGCCGCCAUUGUUUGUGACAGACUUACAAAGUAUAGAGAUGGAGGACGGAGGUUCAGUCUCUCUGUCAUGUGAACUGUCUAAACCUGGAGUGUCAGUGCAAUGGAAGAAGAACGGGCUGCCUCUGAGGGCCAACAGGAAGUAUGAGAUAAAACAAGAUGGCUGCCGUCUCCAGCUCAACAUUAAGGACCUCAAACCUGAAGACGGUGGAAGCUACACGUGUCAAGCAGGACGUGCAGAAACCACAGCCACUUUGUCAGUGAAAGAGCUGCCACCAUUGUUUGUGACAGACUUACAAAAUGUAGAGAUGGAGGACGGAGGUUCAGUCUCUCUGAUGUGUGAACUGUCUAAACCUGGAGUGUCAGUGCAAUGGAAGAAGAACGGGCUGCCUCUGAGGGCCAACAGGAAGUAUGAGAUGAAACAAGAUGGCUGCAUCCUCCAGCUCAACAUUAAGGACCUCAAACCUGAAGACGGUGGAAGCUACACGUGUCAAGCAGGACGUGCAGAAACCACAGCCACUUUGUCAGUGAAAGAGCUGCCGCCAUUGUUUGUGACAGACUUACAAAGUAUAGAGAUGGAGGACGGAGGUUCAGUCUCUCUGUCAUGUGAACUGUCUAAACCUGGAGUGUCAGUGCAAUGGAAGAAGAACGGGCUGCCUCUGAGGGCCAACAGGAAGUAUGAGAUAAAACAAGAUGGCUGCCGUCUCCAGCUCAACAUUAAGGACCUCAAACCUGAAGACGGUGGAAGCUACACGUGUCAAGCAGGACGUGCAGAAACCACAGCCACUUUGUCAGUGAAAGAGCUGCCACCAUUGUUUGUGACAGACUUACAAAAUGUAGAGAUGGAGGACGGAGGUUCAGUCUCUCUGAUGUGUGAACUGUCUAAACCUGGAGUGUCAGUGCAAUGGAAGAAGAACGGGCUGCCUCUGAGGGCCAACAGGAAGUAUGAGAUGAAACAAGAUGGCUGCCGUCUCCAGCUAUAUAUUAAGGACCUUAAACCUGAAGACAGUGGAAGCUACACGUGUCAAGUAGGACAUGCAGAAACCAUGGCAACUGUUUCCGUGAAAGAGCUCCUUCCGAAGUUCAAGACAACACUACAAAGUAUGGAGACGGAAGAGGGAGCGACAGCCAUCUUGUGCUGUGAGUUGUAUAAACCUGCAGUGUCGGUGCAGUGGAAGAAGAACACUGUGCCUCUAAAAGCUAACAGGAAGUAUGAGAUGAAGCAGGAUGGCUGCAACCUCCAGCUUCAUAUUAAGGAGAUCCGUCCUGAGGACAGUGGCAGCUAUACAUGCCAAGCAGGAAGUGCAGAGACCACAGGGACGGUGUUAGUAAAAGUGCCAAAGACUACUUUACCAAAGGAGCCUCCAACGAUAAUGCCACGGAGAAGGAGCAGUGUUUCCACACCUACGCCUGAGAAUGGGCAUCUACUUGAUGCUCACCCUGUUCCUCCAGAACCCAAGAAGAGGACAAUGCGAAAAGCAUCCAUCACAGUGUUAGAACAAGAUAUAGAACCUAUGUUUAACAAUAAAGAGCUUGCCCAAGCAUUGCAAAGAGAAAACACCCAGAAUACAGAAACUUCUCAGAAUGCAAACCAACAGGACAAAAUGGACCAGGAUGUGGAGGUUCAAAAAAGACCAGUAGUGUUGCGUGAGAAAGAGGGUAAGAUUGAAAAAGUUGACCUAGACAAACGAGAACCGGGAAUGCGACAAGAUAAAGUUAUUCACCCAGACAGGACUCUUGGAGACAAGGUGGAAAAUCAAUGGAACCAGCCGUUUGAAGACUUGGAAACAAGUCAAAAGCGGCAGGAGAAACCUUUCAGUAAGGCUGGUGAAAUUGAAGAGAUGGAGAAACAUCCAGAGACAGUACUGUGGAAGAGAGUCGAGGAGGACAAAAAGGCUGUGAAACCGAUUAUAACAUCCAUUGGGAGCCAAGCAACAACAGAACACGAAGGCAAGUCAAUUCAGCAUAGCGAAGAGUAUUUAAAGCCACCGGUCAGGUCCAAAGGAAAGGUAGGUGGUAAAGAGCCUCUUGAAUGCGUUCCAAAGGAAACAGACAAGAUCAUUCUCAAGCCAUCAAACAUGACAAUCAAUGAUUCUCAGGAAGGAGCUAAACAGAGAGGCCGGGCGAAAGAACGAGUGACCACACAAAUCGUAGAGGAACAACACGUAAUGGCUCAAACUCAGGACAACAAUUCAGUUGAAAUACAAACUAAGCCUCAAGACCUAAAGGCUGGACAUGGUCGUCCAAAGCCGCCUGUGAGGUCAAAAAGCAAAACAAGGACAGGACUGGAGCAACAGCUAUCCAGAGACACUGAAACAGAUCAAGAAGAGCAGCUUGCAAGGAGAGUCAUCACGACAUCUGAAGAACAGCUUCUAAAGCAGCCAACAUGGCCUUUGAAAGAGGAGCGAUCAAGACUGGAGGAAACCCAGUCGCCGCCAGCAGAUGCUGAACUGGUUGAGAAUCAGAAAAAAGCAGUUUCUAAACAGCUGAUCAAACAUCCCGUAAAACCCAUGAGAAAAGAACCUGAAGCUGACAAAGAGACGGAUCUCGGUUCACUGGUAGGGAACGAUGACUAUCAAGCAGUGCAAACGACAGAAGAAGACAUUCCUCUCCUCUACAUCUCUGAAGAUGAAACUUUCUCAGAGGCUUUGACAGAAAUCCCAGUCCAAUCCAACCCAACCCAACCCUGCGGCCUUAAUCCCGUGGUGGUUGUCCAGAAGACAACCCAGAAUGCUUCACCGGAGAUGUGCACCAGCGCUGGCCAUGAACAAAUAAAAGAAUCUCCAAUCAAAGACAUGCGUCCAGUCUUCAAAGAGGUCUUUAAGAACCAUUGUGCAGAUGUUGGCGGCAGCGUCAGUCUGGUGUGUGUUGUAGAAGGACAAUAUGACACACUAUGUUGGCUCAAAGACGGCCAACAAGUCAGCAGUGAUAAGCGUCAUCUUAUGGAAGCUACAGAGAAUGGCGUAUGCACUCUCGCAAUAACCAACCUGACCCUCAGUGACAGUGGCAUCUACACAUGCGAGGCGGCCAAUAUGCACGGCAUGACGUCCCACAAUAGCAACAUAACUGUGGUCCAACCCCAGCAGCCAGAAAGAAAACCUGCGCACCCGCCGCUUGCCGCCAUUACCCCUCUGCAACUGGCCCCUGAGGACAAAACACAGAUCAAAACACAGAUUCAAAAUAAGCCUCAACACACCUCUGCCUCAGAUGCCGACAACUAUGCGGAGAACGUGGAUGUCUCUUGGUGGGAGGCCUACAACCUGACCGAGCAGGACAACCACCUGAGUCUCCAGGAGAGGAGAGCAUCCUCCCUCAUUGCCAGCAGCUCCAUGUCAAGUCCAUCCGACUAUGAGACCGCUCCAGAUGUGAUGGAACCUUUAGAAAUAUGCACCAUUAAGACCACCCCGCCAAGGGAGCUUCCUGAGGCAAGAGACCAAAUGCUUCCAACGGACGAAGAUUCCCAACCACUUAAAAACCUAUUAACGAUCAAAGGAACCCACGAAAGCCGCAUGAGAACACCAUCUCCUAAACAUCUUCGAGCCCAUACACCGUUAGCCAGCACUGUCUCUGGAUCCGAGUCUGAAGGGGAAGAAGAUCAACGCGAGACAUUUGAAAUCUAUGUGGCUCGAGCAGGUUGCAACCCCAACAGUGGAAGCAAGGACAGCUUUCUCCUGAAGGAGGGUCAAUACGUGGAGGUCAUGGACUCUGUCCACCCAGACAAAUGGCUGGUGAGGACCAAACCCACCAAAACCAACCCUGCUCGCCAGGGAUGGGUGUGCCCGGCCUACCUGGAGAAGAAGAGAAAGGAGACCAUGACGCAAUUCAGGGCACCUCAAGAGGGUCUUGAUGAGAUUGGUUCCACAGUAGAAGAGUAUAGGAGGGCUUUGAGCCAACUGAUCCAAGGCCUGAUUGACGGAGAAGAGGAGUUCGUGAAAGAGAUGAUGAUGUUCAUUUCCCAUCAGCUGAAUCACUUGGACUCUAGUCGUCACGUCCCGAUCAACAUCCUCAACCAGAAGGACACCAUUUUCAGAAACAUAAAGGACAUUGUCUUUCUCCACGAGAGUUCCAUUCUUCCCGGGUUGAGGGCGUGCGCUACGGAUGACGAUUUCGCCAUGCAUCUGAUCAAGCACUCAGAAGAUUUUGAAAAGUACAUCCACUACAUGGUGGGCCAAGCACAAGCAGAGGUCUGUAUUGCUGAUAAAGUUACCCAACAGUACCUUAAGGAGUUACCGGGAUCUGGUAGGCCUGAAGGUCCUGUCAUGGAUGCCAUGACCUUCCUCCAAAGACCAAUCGAGAGGAUUCAGACAUAUCAAGCAUUACUAAAGGAGUUCAUCAAGAACAAGGCCAAAAGCGGUCAGAGCUGCUGUCUGUUGGAGGACGCCUUCUCCCUGGUGUCCUGUCUGCCGUGGAGGUCGGACAACCUGCACCAGGCCUCCCUCAUUGAGAACUACCCUGCCCCUUUGACCGCCCUUGGAGAGCCUGUGCGACAGGGAGCCUUCACAGUGUGGGAGGAAACGCCAGAAAUCAAUACAACCUCAAGAGGGCACCAGAGACAAGUCUUUCUUUUCAAAGAAUGUAUUGUCCUCUGCAAACUGAAAAGGGACGCCAGUGAGACCUACACCUUCAAGAACAAAAUGAAGCUGAAUGAUGUGGUGCUAAAGGAGACAGCAGGAGGCGAUGACAAGGCUUGGGGGCUGUGGCACGAGCACAGAGGCUCGGUGCGGAGGUACACGCUGCAGGGCCGCUCACCGCUGGUGAAACUUUCAUGGCUCAAAGACCUGAAGGAGCUGCAGCAACGAUCCAGCCUGCCGACCAACAGUCCACCCAUUUUUAAAUCUUUACUUUCGGACUGCACAACAAAGAUGGGACAGACCAUCAAACUGAGCUGCAAGGUCACAGGGACACCGCAACCAGCAAUCACUUGGCUCAAAGACGGUCUACCCUUGGAAGAUGACCCUCGUCACAUCAUCACGGCAGACCGCUCUGGCACAUGCAGCCUCAUCCUGGACAGCUUGACCACAGAGGACGCUGGUCAGUACGUGUGCUAUGCUAGCAGCGGCGUGGGCAGUGCUGGCUCUCUGGCUACUGUUGUGGUGCAGGCUCCACCCAGAUUUGUCAGUCGGUUGGAAAGUUGUUGUCUGAUGGAGAAUGAAGACAUGCAGUUUACCUGUUCUACUCGUACCACUCCUUUACCAAGAAUCAGAUGGAUGAAAGAUGGCCAAGAGUUGAUUGACAAGCGCAAAUAUUUCAUCCUGAAUGAUGCCCGCAGUGGAAUCUUGUCUCUGACCGUCAUCGGUGCAACAGAGGCGGACAUCGGACACUACGAGUGUGAGCUUUCCAAUGAGUUUGGCUGCAUCAAGUGCAAGGCCGGGCUGUGCCCCACCUACGUGGCGCCCAGUGACGACCAGGCAUAUGACUUACCUCCUAAAGAAGAGAUGGUCAUGUGCUGGGCGUCUUGUUCAUGUGGUGGGUACUGUAGUUUCAUUAGAGCCGGAAGCCUGCAGGUAAGGGACACGUUAUUCCCCAUUAUUUGUCAGGUAACAUACUUUUUAUGGAAUCGAUCCUUAAGCUCAUUGUGUGAUAUUUGGGAUCAUCUAGAUGCAGAAUCCGAGGGUUGGUCGUCUUCCUUUAUGAAGAAAUGGCUGCAAACAGAUUUCACCCCUUCCUCGAUAGCCAAGAUGAUCUUUCCGCCCACAAUUCAUGGCCAAGCUGAGCGUAGCGUUGGAGAAGUUACUCAGUUAGCAUCUGCAGACCAGCCGGCACUGCCGCAGCCUCCAUGUUACUUGGAGGAAGAAGAAGAAGAACUCUACAUCUCCGAGCAAAUGCAGGAAAUUACAGACGUUCCUCCGUUCGUCCAAGUAGCACCAGAGGACGUGUGCGUUGUUCCCGGCCAACAAGUUACUUUCACUACCAUCAUUACGGGAAGGCCUACGCCACGUAUUCAGUGGUACAAGGAUGGAGAAGAACUGGUAGCCAGUGAGAAUGUGGAGAUAGCAAAGCAGGCCGCUCGCUGCUCAGUGACCAUCGUGUGCCCUGAAGGUGAGGACAGCGGCAUUUACACCUGCUUCUCCUACAACGACUCGGGGCACGUUUCAUGUCAAGCUCAGCUCACAGUGGAGGAAGGUCCGCUGGGGUCCCAGGACAGAGAGGUGGAUCUCGGGAAGAGAAGGAAGCUGUUUGCUGUCUAUGAUGUCGGAGAGGAAAUAGGAAGGGGAACAUUUGGAGUCGUGAAGCGCGUCAUCCACAGACGCACGGGUGAAGUCUUUGCCGCCAAAUUCUUACCCCUGCGCAGCAGCACCCGAACCCGGGCCUUCCAGGAGCGGGACUUGCUUUCCCGCCUGGCUCAUCCCAGAGUGGCUUGUCUGCUGGAUUUUUUUAGCACCCGGCGCACGUUGGUGCUCAUCACAGAAAUCUGCUGCUCUCAUGGGCUGGUCGACCAUUUGUUGCUCAGAGGAUUAGUCUCGGAGAAAGAGAUUCAGUCGUAUAUGCAGCAGAUUCUUGAAGGCGUUGGGCAUAUCCACAGCAUGAACAUUUUGCAUCUGGACAUCAAACCAGAGAACAUCCUCAUGGUGUAUCCGCCCAGAGAUGAAAUCAAGAUCUGUGACUUUGGCUUCUGUCAGGAAGUAGACACGUCCAGACACCAGUACAGCAUGUUUGGUACGCCUGAGUUUGUUGCACCCGAGGUUGUUCACCAGGAACCUGUCAGUGUGGCCACGGAUAUUUGGUCUGUGGGUGUGAUGGCGUAUCUGUGUCUGCUGUGUCGAUGCCCCUUUGUGGGCGAGACGGACCGCGUUACACUGCUUAGAGUGGGUGAAGGGACACUCAACUGGGACGCCCCAGAUGUCAUGUGUCGAAGUCCUGAGGCCCAGAACUUUCUCCGCAGUCUUCUUCAGCCAGACCCAGAGAAGCGACCGUCUGCCUUUGAGUGCUUGAGCCAUGAAUGGUUCCAGGAUGAAAACGCAGGAGAAGACACGGAUGAAAUUUACACCAAGAGUUUGAAAGUUUUCAUCUCGAAACGGAAAUGGCAGCGUUCUUUGACUUGCGUUGGUUCCGUGCUUACGUUGAGACAAAUCCCAGAGCUUCUGGAUGCUCCUCUCAGAGACACGGCAGCUACCGUACCCCGGGAACCCCAGCAGAACAGCAGCAGCUCCGUCAGCAGCGGCUCAUCAUCCGACUAUGACGAGGCUGACUCGUGGAACUUCUUCCAGCACUGCAGUCCAACUGAGGAGGAGGAGGAGGAGGCAGAAACAGAGGACGACUACGACCCUUUGAGGGAGAGAGCCCAGCUCCCGGAACCGUUUGCUAUACAUCACCAAGAUCUGGAUGAGGAGGAAGAAGUGACCUUUGGGGAGGAAGAGGAUGAGGAGUUGGGGGGGAGGGGGAGCGUGCUGGAGCGCAGUGUGAGCAGACAGUCCGUGGCGUCGUCAGAUGUGUCAUACCUGCAAACACCUCAGAAUGAGCGAAGGUUCAACAGGGGCAGUAGUCCGUCCCUCAACCUUUCCGAUGGAGAUGAGGGCUCCGGGAGCGAUGCGGGUCGAAUCCCUCGUGGCAGCGUGAUCCGAAGUACGUUCUACAGAACCUCCCAUCAGCUUUCACCCAUGUCUGCCAGACACAUGACCUUACGGGACAAGUUCCAGGCCAAAAAGCAGGAGAGAGGCCGCAAGCCACUCCGCAGGAGCCUUUCAGGACGCCUCAAUGAACCUCUCAUAGAAUACGUGGAAGAUGAUAUGGAGACCAACCGGAGCCAGAGACGGGGGUCCGUCCAACCCACAAUGCACAAGUCCUCUUCCUUUGACAGCUGCGUCGUCCUCCCCCAAACCAACGCACCGCCCCACAGGAGGAGCAGGUCUCUCGAUGAGUACUCUCGGCGAUCCUCUGGUUCACCCAGACGCUCAAAACCAGGAGACGAAGAAGGUAGUCAAAGUCUGAAGGAGGAUUUCACAGAUGAUGAAGUGGGAGGGAAGAACCUUCUGGUCAUUCCAAGCCCUCGGCGACCCACAAGAAGAAGGGGUUCCCUCGUUCCUGUGCAGGGUGCACAAACAGCGGGUGGUGUGUCUGGUCCUGUAACCCUUGUUGUUGGUGACAGAAUAGGCAGGAGGUUGGAUCAGGACCAAUCCGAGGGCGAGGCCUUCGCUGGCUCCCAGGGUUCCUUGACAGACUCAUUCAUUUUGGAGCAUGGUGGCUCUGAGUCCUCCAGUAGACUUGGGUCAUAUGAGGAUCUCAGGGGGCGAUACAGAUCAGGAGAAAGUGACGAUCCAGGGGAACCACUGACUUCACCAUCCCCUCACUCAUUUCAAGAAGUCAAACCGAGAUUCCCCUGUCCACAAGUCCCACCACGCAACCGAACACGAUCCAACCCGAACAUAAGUCACAUGCAGACCUCGUUAACACCCAGUCCCAGUCCGAAUCCUAGCCUCUCCUCCCUCCAGGUUCCUGAAAGGCCUCCCAGAGCCAAAGAUAAGAAAAAAGGCCUCCAGAGAACCGCAUCUGCACCGGCCCUUGAACUUAGUCCAUCCACAGGAAAGUCCCCAAAGCUGGGAUUGUUCAGGAUCUUCCGCAGGCAGUCCUGGACUGGCAAUUCCGACUCCCAGCUGGAGAGCGCACAGUUAGGACCAACCCUCGGAGAGAUCAUGAAGCCGGAUACACCAACCAUGUCGCUCCGAAAGAAGAUGAGAGCCUCAGCCUCAAGUCUCACCAAGCUGUUUUCAAGGUCUUCCAGUAAGGAGGAUCUGAGUCAAGGAGCAGGGCCAAUAGUUAAGGUACUUGAAAGGGAGCCGGGUCUUGAAAGUGGAAAAAAGAGGACCUCCAAGCGCUUGCCUUCUUUGAAGAUACCAGCAUUCAAAAAAGCCAAAGACCUUCUAGUACGUCCCAACAAGGCCGAGGUGCUCCAGUUAGAUGGUGGUGGAGUAUUGCUAGUGUGGAGACCUGUCCCAUCCAGCGAUCCUGUGACGUACUGCGUUCAGUACUGCAUGGACGGUGGAGAUUGGACAGUCCUGUCCGAGGACGUGACAGACAGCAGCUACGUGGCAAAGGAAUUACCCACAGGAGCGUCAUACGUCUUCAGGGUGGGCUGCAUCACCAAGACCGGAGCGGGACCGUUCAGUGAUGCCUCAGCUCCCGUUGUCAUGGCAACCCACCCAGAAGAUGCACACAUCCCCCUCAUCAAGACCGAGUGCCAGGCAUCGACGAUCAGCGGCCCAGAAACCCAAGCAGCACAAAGGAGUUACAACUUCCUCUCAGAGAUCAACAGGGGUCGCUUCAGCAUCGUCACCUUGUGUCGGGACGCAGAGACCAGCCAAGUGUUUGCCGCCAAGAUCACUCCUUACCGAGCCGAGCAGAGGCCGCUGGUCCUGAGGGAAUAUCAGCUGCUGAGACGGCUUCACCACGCCCACCUGGUGCAGCUGCACACGGCCUACAUCACCUCCGCAUACCUGGUCCUGGUGGAGGAGCUGUGUCCUGGCAAAGAGCUGCUCUACAGUCUCGCUGCAAGAGAUGUGUACUCGGAGGCCCACGUCGCUGAGCUGCUGGGGCAGAUCCUGAGCGCGGUGGACUACCUUCACGGCAGGCGAGUGGUCCACUUGGACCUCAAGUCGGACAACAUGCUGGUGGACGACGGCAACCACCUGAAGAUCGUGGACUUUGGCUCGGCUCAGUCCUUCAUGCCCGGUCAGCCCCUCCACGUGGAGCACCUUCAGGGCCUGUCGGAGAGCAAAGAGCACCGCAGCAAAGUUUAUAUUGUCCUUCCUAAAGCUCCGGAGAUCCUGGAGGGCCAAGGCGUCGGGCCUGAGACCGACGUUUGGGCCAUCGGCGUUCUCCUGUUCAUUAUGUUGAGCGCCGACAGUCCAUUUCAUGCAGAACGGGGCUGGGAGCAGGACAGGAACAUCAGGAAAGGGAAGAUCCAGUUUGGACGCUGUUACCCGGGUUUGUCCGAAGGAGCCUUGACCUUGAUGAAGAGCAGCCUGAACAACAAAUCCUGGGGGCGACCCUCCGCGGCCGAGUGUCUCCAGAACGCGUGGCUGCGGGCUCACCGAGCCCCCCAGCGAUCGCGCCACUCCAAGGUGUGUUUCUCCACCGACAAGCUGAAAGCUUACCUGGCGCAGAAGGAGGAGAAGCGAGACCAGGUGCGCACCAAGCUUCAAAGUCCCUUCCUCCAGCAGUGAAGCCCCCAACACCCCCCCCCCCCCAACGUCAGCAUCUUUAGCGAGGAGGAAUGUAGCUUACAUGCUUUACGUUACGUGGUGGCGUUAAGCAUCCUCUGAUGAUGUGUCUUAAAAAGCUGCAUGAUCCUCACAUUUCAGGGCUCAGUGCAGUGAUGACAGUGAUUAUAUACCAUGAUGAUAUGGUUUGGUCUUUUUGUUUUGAUGUGCAGUGUUGGCAGUAAUAAAUAUAACAUUAAUGAUGAGUUCAAUUGCUAUACAGCUGUUUGCGACGUGUUAGUAUGCACCAAUAUCGAUAUCAACCAUCUGGGUGUGGCUUCAAUCACCAUCGCUCAAUACUGCUUAUAGGAAACUAAACAGCUAGUCAACCAGAGUUGCAGGAAAACACUGACCCCUAGUGUUUUGGCAGAGAACUGCAUGUCACAAUACAAAGAACUAAAGCCCAACUCUUUGACAUAUUUGAAGCCUUUUCAAAACAGUCACACAAUAAUGACAUCCUUUUUUGCUAAAAUAACUACAGUAAUCCAUAGUUUUUUACGGUUAAUUUGUGAAUUUCUGCAAAAUUCCUUAUUUAUAAAUGGAAUAUAUCUACAGCAUAGAGAACUUGUUUACAACUUUCUAAAUAUGCUUUUUAAACAUAAUUAGAGCCCUCUAGACAUGAAAUAACAGCCCUAUAGUCGCAUUUGCACUCCUAUCAACCAAUGGAGUAGACAUAAGAGUAAUUAAAUAAGUCAUAAAUAAGACUCAUGUGUGUAAGUGCUGCUCUCUGAUAAUCAAAAUAAUUCAGUUACUUUUUGGGAAAGGAACUUCAGUAGUCCCUCGUUUAUUGUGGUUAAUAUGGGAAUUUCAGCAAAGUGUGAUUCCUGAUUUUAGAAAUGGAAUAUUUUUGUAGGUAGAGCAUAGAAAACCUGUUUAGCACCUUUAAAACAUACGUUUUUUUUAACAUUAUUAAAACCCUGUAUACAUGAAAGAGCACCCCCAUAGUCACAUUUACACUACAGUAAACCUCGGAUAUAUCGGAUUCAAUUGUUCCCACUGGUUUUGUCCGAUAUAAGCGAAAUCCGUUAUAUGCGUAUACCGGAAAAUGUCCGUUUUACGCAUAUAUCGGAUUUAUAUCCGGUAUAUGCAUAAAUCGGAUUUUAUCCGUUAUAAAAAGGCACUUCCUUGACUAUGUUUCCAAUGUACCUGGACGCGCAGGCAACGCUGCAAACGCUGCAAAUGACGUCGUAUAGCGGCCUGUCACGAUUCGGCGAAUCGGAGCGCCACGAUGCGGCCAUCCGAUAUAUGCCAGGGAAAUUUCAUGGAAAUGCAUUGGAACGGGACUGGAGAUUUUGUCCGAAAUAGGCAAAAUCCGUUAUAAAAAAUCCGAUAUAUGCAAUUAAUUUUUAUUGGAAAUGCAUUACAGAAAAAUCGGUUCUUUUUUAGCUGUCCGUUGUGAGCGAAUUUCCGAUAUAUCCGAGGUUUACUGUAUUUCUAUUUAGGAAAAAACGCAUGAUUUGGACAAAUAAAACCAUUACUGUACAACUAAUUACUUUGGAAAAAAGUCAUUUUUGCCAACACUACUGAUGUCUAAAUGGUUGAAAUAAACACCAUCAAGUCGAUUGGUGAUUGUCUGGUUUUAUUGAUUCAGCACGAACUUGCAUGCGGGUGUUCCCACGCCACCUGGACAUCCCAGUGAGUGACACCGUAUACAUCCACUCAUGUCCACAGGCCUUUCUAAUAAUUAGCUACAUGGUGUACCAAAUAAAGUGAGCGCAGACUGCCCUCCAACCCCCACUUGAGAAUUUCCCAAUGCGGGUGAGGAAUAGACUGGGCUAAUUAGAAUCUAACCGCGUCUAAAUAUUCUAC